AGAAAACACAAAAGAGAGAAAAAGGUAGCAAAAAAAAUUUUGUAAUUGAAGAGAAGAAUCGUUAUAGGUAGAGAGGAAUCGCUAUUAAAAUCAAUAAAGCCAAAUAGAAGAAUCUGUAAUCUUCACUACUUAUUCCUCUUUUCUCUGAAUCCGAUUCAUCCCUAAAUUCUCUCUCCUCCUGAAUUUGGCAAUGGAGAUAGCAAGAAGAGCUUCUCACGCUGGUUCUUGGUACACCAACAAUCCUAGCAAAUUAGCUGAAGAACUUGAAGGGUGGCUAAAUGAAGCUGGCCUUAGUAAAUCUUCUGAUGUACGAGGUGUUAUUGCUCCGCAUGCAGGAUAUUCAUAUUCAGGCCGUGCUGCAGCUUAUGCAUUUGGCAACAUAGACCCUAAAAGCAUUUCACGGGUGUUCCUUUUGGGUCCCUCGCAUCACUACUAUACUCCAAAAUGUGCUCUUUCAAGAGCCACUGUCUACAAGACUCCUAUUGGAGAUCUGCCCAUUGAUUUGGAAGUCAUUGAGGAGCUUAAGGCGACUGAGGAGUUUGAAAUGAUGGAUAUUCGGGUUGAUGAGGCUGAGCACAGUAUGGAGAUGCACUUGCCUUAUCUUGCUAAAGUAUUUGAAGGACGUUCAGUGAAAGUUGUUCCAAUUUUAGUUGGUGCUGUUAGUGCUGAAAGUGAAGCCAUGUAUGGCCGAUUGCUAGCUAAAUACGUGGAUGAUUCAAGCAAUUUUUUCUCAGUAUCCUCUGACUUCUGUCACUGGGGAUCUCGCUUCAACUACACUUACUAUGACAAGAAACAUGGAGCCAUCCACAAGUCUAUUGAAGCAUUGGACCGUAUGGGGAUGGAAAUUAUAGAAACAGGAGAUCCGGAUGCAUUCAAGCAGUAUUUACUCAAAUAUGAUAACACCAUCUGUGGUCGUCAUCCAAUUAGUGUUUUCCUCCAUAUGUUGAUGAACUCUGCCACGAAGAUAAAGAUUAAAUUUUUGCGGUACGAACAAUCAAGCCAAUGCAAGAGCAUGAGAGACAGUAGUGUAAGCUAUGCUUCAGCAGCAGCCAAGGUAGAACCUUGAAACCUCAAGGACUAUCUAUCUCCUGCUAGGCUGCUAUGCAUUUUAGUUGCUUUGAAGGGCUGUCUAUGCUUGAUCUCUGAUUUUCAUCCUUUAAAGCCAAAACUUGGUUUUCCAUUUGUACCUUAGUUCAAAAGUCUAUUAAUAAUGAAACUUUCUCCAAAAAUAGUUGUCCCGAAGGCAUUUUGUUCAGAUGGGUUCAUUAUUCGAUUGCCAAUUCUUCAGAUUUUUCUUCGUUA